UGCUCAAUCAGCUGUUCUAGCAGAAAGAGCAGUCAAAGAGUUCCAGACUUUCAGUUCAUUUCAUUCAUGAUUUCAUUGUAUAAGUUAGGUUAGGUGCACAGGUCUGCUGUUGUAAAUAAGGUGCUUCAUCAUAUCUUUAUCCUUAUCAGAGUGAUUUGAUUUAAAGUUUUUGUAAAGUUUUUCCUACUGUUUUGUGACUAUAUGGUCUCAGGAUGAGUAGUGUUCAACUAAACCAGUUGAUUGUGAUGGUAGUAUUAACAAGUGCCCGAAAAUGUCAAAAAGCAGAGGAAACACCAUUUUAGGAAAGAUCGUCAACAAGAAAGAGUGUAUUCCUAAACUCGCUCGUCAAAAAUAUCCCGAACAAACAUCAUGUUCAACAUCCACAAAAACUUCACCAAUUGAAAAACGCGAGCCGCAAGGCCAGGAGGCAAAGACAAACAAUCCCAUUAGCGAUAAUGACUGGAAACGCAACUUGUAUGUGAGAGGUUUAUCCACGAGUACUCGUCCAAAAGAUUUGCAAAAGCAUCUGUUAAAGGUAACAGGGGCCGAAACAGUCGCUUGUUCUCUGAUUCCUGGUGAGCCAUAUUAUUUCAAAAUUACCAUGGCUACAAGCAAAGACGCGUCCAAAUGUAUCAGGCUCCUCAACGACACUAAGCUAUUUGGAAGGAAAAUCAGAGUUGAGCGUAAGGAGCGGGCACUAAUAGGAGAUAUCGCCCGAAGUCGGUCUAAUUCAUUCGACAAGGAGUUGAAAGAAAUCAAUCUCCUGGUUAACAAAAAUGAUUCAAAGGCCAAUGGAACAAAGCUAAGAAAUCGGAGACGAUCCAGAUCGCAUGACAGAGAGCUUAAAAGUUCCGGGACUGACAGAAACCAAAAGAUUGUGUCGAUGUCAAAUGAAACGAAGAUGCGCAGCAAGUCCCGUGAAAGAAAUCGCGAGCGGAGUAGAUCUCCUGUGAAAAGAAGACAUCGAAGAAUGCCAUCUAUUUAUUGGGAUAUUCCUCCUUUCGGUUUUGAAUACAUGACGCCCAUGCAAUACAAAGCGAUGAGAGCUCAAGUUCUUACUACACAAAUGCAAGGCGAAUUAUUCGUGGAUAACACUAUAAGUACUGGUUCGGUUGAAAUGGAAGACACAAGUUACAUUGUUCCAGAGGGUUGUAUCGUACACAAGCUGUUCAUUGGUGGCCUGCUCAGUCACUUAAACCAAGAUUACGUAGAAGAACUGUUAGAAUGUGAGCGAAGGCAACUGGAGGAGAAAAUCCAAUUCGAAAAAGAACGAGAGUGGCAACGUAUUGAAAGGGAGACAUUAGAGCGCGAGAAAAUUGAAUUGCAACGAGAGCGGGAGCGAUUUGAACGAGAACAGCGGAUCGAAAAGGAGAAGAUCAAAGCAGAGAGAGAAGAGCUUAAGCGUCGACAAGCAAGUGUUAUGUAUUUUAGGUCGAUUGCUAAGAAAGAAAAUUUAAUUUGCGCAUCCAAGACGACAACCCAAGGACCAAUGCCGAUGAUGACUCCAGUCAUUGAAAAACCUUCAGUUCCAAUAAUAGUACGGUCCGUUGGUUUGCAAGUGCAAUUAAUAUCUAGUUCCGAACCUUCAGAAAAAAAAAGAACACUAGCUCCCUCUUCAGUUUAGAAGCAAAUUGAAAAAAAAAAAAAAAUGCCAAAGCUAUUACACCAAACGGUCAUCGACAGUUUAAACUCAAGUUUAAUGACUCUCGGUCUAAUUGGCAGCGAUGUGUGGUACUCACCUUUUUAUUAGAUAUUUCGCGUAGACAAAUACGCAUGUCCGCCUCGGGACGUCAUUCCCCUAAAAAAUUAUUUCAUUGUGUAUAAUUCCAAUAUUGUCUAAUAUCUCUGUUAAGUGUUAACCUAGAAUGAAAUACAAUACAGGUGUAGUCGUGUGAGCUGUGAGAACUCAAUAUUCGCACCUUUGGACCACAUCUUGAUUUAUUUUCUA